AUGGGCGGCUCAGAAAAGAUCGAUAAACGAAUCCAAGAACAACUGCUUGAUACUUUGAGUGAUGUAGUCUACGAGAGUGGACACUAUGAUUUUCGAACGAACUACGACAUGUAUUGGCUGCAAUCUACAUUGACUCAAAUGCUUAGUUGUUAUAAGUUCGAUGUUGUAGCAAAUGUUCUACCAAACAGCAGCGAAAUGGACUUUGUUUCAACAAUCUGGUCCAUUUUGGAUCGAUGCUUUCACAACAUUAAUGUAGUUCCUGGAAGGCAUCGAACAUGUGUGGCAAUAUCCGCUCGCAUCAACGCAAAUUGUAGUAUAACCGGCACAGACAAAAUUGACAACAAGAAAAGCGCUAGUCGUCCAGACCUUUUACUCAUAAAAGAUGGUCUUGAAUAUGGUUGCUCAGAAGUCGGAAAGUCAGAAGAUGUAGUGGCAAAUAAAAAGGAAGUGGUGGAGACGUAUUUGCACAGUCCAAAAACAAUGAAAGAUCUCUUCAACCGUAUCAGUCAGGAAGUGAAUCACGAUUUGCAAAUCACCCGAAAACUGAAAAUUGUCUGUUUUCAUAAUACAGGACGUCGAAUGAAACUUUCUGUAAUGGAUUGUCCGGAUGGAUAUGUUUGUCGUGUACAAGAAACCGAAGAAUAUAAAAUACCGAUGAGUGUGGAAUGCUUGGCUGCACAGAUCAUUCCUAUGUUAACUUUGACCUUACAAGCAAAGGUAUGUGCUUGA